AUGGUGCACGUCACAGAGGAUGUCUUCGCCGAGGCUGCAGUGAAUCCAUUCACCAAGGAAACGGGCACGAUUCGACGCUUUACGCUGAGCAACGAUGAGCAGAUGUCCGUGCAGAUUCUAACGCUGGGCGCCACCAUUAGCAGCAUUAAGGUGCCGGAUUCUCAAGGUCAGUUGGAGGACGUGACGCUCGGAUUUGAUGAUUUGGCGGGCUAUGAAAGCGAACAGAAUCCCUAUAUGGGUGCCACCGUAGGGCGCGUCUGCAAUCGCAUAGCCAAUGGCCGUUUUGUGCUGGACGGCAAGACAAUUGAGGUCAGCCGUAACCGGGGCCAAUUGCAGCUGCACGGCGGCUUCGUGGGCUUCAACAAGGCGCACUGGCAAGUGCUGGAGGUGCUGCCCAAUGGCGUCAGCCUGACGCACACCAAUCCCGAUGGCCACGAAGGCUAUCCCGGCGAGGUGACCGCCACGGUGCGUUUCACGCUCACCGAGGACAACUGCCUGCAUGUGUGCAUGGAUGCGGUGAGCAGCAAAGCGACGCCCGUGAAUCUCACCAAUCAUUCCUACUUCAAUCUGGCCGGGCACAAGGCUGGUCAAGCCGGACUCUACGAGCAUACGAUUGCCAUCAAUGCCUAUGGCAUUACCGAAACGGACGCGGACUCCAUACCCACGGGCAAAAUACUGCCCGUGGAUGGCGGCAAAUUUGAUUUACGGAUCGCCAGCAAUCUGGGCGAACGCCUCCGGCAGCUGGAGCCGGCGCGUGGCUAUGAUGACAACUUUUGCGUAAAGUUUACGCCGCCCGCGAGCAUUACGAACAUUGCGAGAGUUGCGCAUCCGCCAAGCGGUCGCUGGCUAGAGAUUGCCAGCAAUCAGCCGGGCGUACAGUUCUAUACCUCGAACUUUUUGCCCAACCAGGCGCAGAGGGAGAGUCCGCUGCCGGGCAAAGCGGGCGCAGCCUAUGCCAAACACGGCGCUUUCUGCCUGGAGACGCAAAAGUUUCCCGAUUCGGUGAAUCACGACAAUUUUCCCACAACCAUAUUGCGUCCCGGCGAGAAGUAUCAUCAUGAAGUAAUCUACAAGUUUGGAAAGCAGCGUUAAAUUGUCUAUAAUACUCUAUAUGUAUACAGUGAAAAGUCGCUUGAGCGGACGAACGCUUCAAAGUCCAAGAUAUUAUAGGAAGAAGAAUCUCAGAUUCAUUUAAUAUUUUCUAAAUUCUUAAAUAUUCCUAGACAAUGCCAUCCUUAGACCCAUUUUUGAUGAGUACAAACAGGCGGGCAUAUUUAUGUAUGUAAAGCAGACAUUUCCAACUCCAUAAAGUAUUUAUUU